CUCCCCCACUUCCGCUCCUGCGCACUAUGGCUGCAGCCAACCGAAGUUCUGGAGGACAUGGCUGCUUCCCGCUUGCCCCCAGCAACACUAACGCUAAAGCAGUUCUUGAGAAGGCAACAAGUUCUCCUUCUCUACCGAAGGAUUUUGCAAGCAAUCCGGCAAGUCCCAAAUGAUUCUGAUCGCAAAUACCUGAAGGACUGGGCACGGGAAGAAUUCAAAAGAAACAAAAGUGCCACUGAAGAGGAUACAAUCCGGAUGAUGAUCACACAAGGCAACAUGCAGCUCAAGGAGUUAGAGAAAACACUUGCUUUAGCAAAAGCUUAAUGAUGGCAUUAUUCUGAAAGAUUUUCGGUCUCCAUAUGUUUGGAGGAGCUUAAGCUUAAGGAUGGGCAGCCCAAAGUCAAGUCAAACCGUAUUUCCAACACUCCAGAAUAUGGAGCAUAGCACUGCACAGAGGGCAAAGAAAAGUUGUAUCAGAAUAAUUGCCUUAGCAUUGGAAAACAUAGCUGUAUUUUGAAAAUGUUUCUGGAUUUGUCAGCAGUUUUUGUAAGAAGCAAAACCUAGUACAAAGUACAACAAAUGGACAGUUAGCCCUGUAAAAAGAUACUCAGCACCAUUAUUCAUCAGGGAAAAGCAAAUCAAAACCACAGUGAGAUACUGCACAUCCACCAGAAUGGCUAUAAUUAAACAUGGAGAUGGUAACAAGUACUGGUGAAGAUGUGGAGAAAUCGGAACCUUCACACAGUGCUAGUAGGGACAUAAUGUAGUGUAGCCACUUCGGAAAAUAGACUGUCAGCUCAAAAGGGUAAACAUAGUUCCCUGAUUCAGCAAUUUUAUGACUAGGCUUACAACCAAGAGAAUUGAAAAACACAUAUACAAAUGUUAAUAGCAUUAUUUCAUAACAGCCGACAAGUAGAAAUAAUCCAAAUGCCCACCAACUGAUAAAUGAAUAAAAUAUGGUAUAUCUAUACAAUAAAACAUUCAGCAAUAAAAAGGAGUGAAAUACUGAUACAUGCUACACACAGAUGAAACUUGAAAACAAAGGCAGCAGUCACAAAAGAUCGCAUACUGGAUGAUUCCCUUUAUAGGAAACGUGUAGACUGGGCAGAAUGAUUAGUGGUUGCCGACGCUCUGAGUGGAAUGCAGAGUAAGUCGAUAAGGGGUUCUCUUCUCAGGGUGAUGAAAAUAUGAAGUUAGAUUUUGGUGUUGGUUGUCCAAUGCUGUGAAUAUACUACCAUUGAAAUGUACAUUUUUUAUGUAUGUGAAUUAUACCUCAGUAAAGUUGUGUUUGUGGCUUUUUAAAGUUGAGAUAUAAUUGAUGUAUAACAUUGUGCAACUCAAAGCUGUUUUCAGAAACAGAAUGAGAUGUAGGAUUGGGGGUGUACUGACCUCAGGAGAUAACCUAGAACUUCCUUGGAAAAAACCCUCCAUUACCCCUCAGGGCUGCUGAGGUAUGUUGUUCAAAUGUGUCGUGAUCUGAUCCUCAAAAAGAUCACAACUGUGAAGCUAGGACUUUGUUGGAAAGAGAGGCUUAGUGAACACCUUGUACACUGUAAGAAGAGGCAACUUCUUUUUAGGCAAUUUCUGGAUGAAACUAAUGCAAUUACCUUAAUAUCCAUGUAGAAGUACAGUAAGUCAUUAGGGAGGGUCUUCAGUGCUUUAAGUUCUCCUACAAUGACAGGAAGAAGAAAGUUUGAAGACUACAUCAGAGAAGGAAGUGGACUUGAGGACAUUUUUGAAAGAGACCAAAUGUAACAAUUUAGUGCAAGUUUAUGGUAUGAGGCUGGAAUUGUUAGUCCUGCAGACUGAAGUACUCUGCUAAUCUACAGAACAGGUCUAAAAUGUUAAUCCAAGAAUCUGACCAGCACCUGAAAGACAGAAAAGAGGCAGAAUGAAAAUACUAGGUAUCUAGUAUUGGACUGUGCACCACAGGAGAGGCAUGAGCCGAUGGUGGGGCAUGUCAGUGACCUGCAUUAUCAGGUCCACCUCCCUGUCCCACAGCCUCAGAGCUCACAGAGCAAGAUAAUUCUGAACACUUCCACAGGGCAACCUACUAACUCAAAGCGCUUGCAUAAGAUAAUUUUUAGAUUUUGUGUUAGUCAACCUACUGCAAAGCCAUCUGAUGAAAAAAACAUUUGUGAAGUUUUUGAAAACACUUUAGAAAUACUCUUUGUGUAGCACAAUUGCCAGACGUACGUAAGUGUAGGCUGCCUCUAGCAAACCUAAAAUCUGGAAGCUAACAAUCAUCCUUUUAGGAGGUGAGCAAGUCAGUGACUGGGUGGUGCCCUUCCUAGCAGUGGGUACGUGGGAAACAGAGAACACUUGGGGUUUGAAUUUGCAAGAUGCAAAUACCAAAGACUCCAAGAAAACCUAACUUGGAGUUCCAUUUGUUUUUCCAAGUGGGUAAAAUACUAAAAAUGUCUUCCAGAGGCUAAGAUUAUAAUGAUAGACAAGAUUUUACCCUUGUUUCUAAAGAACAGUUUACUUGGUCACUUACAUUCAUGUUUUGACAAUGACAAAGCUUUGACUAUUCCCUCUGAAUUAUAGGCCAAGUCUUGUUUAGCAUAAGCAAAUGUAUUUGGCAAUUUCUUCUCAUACGAAGCCAUGGCUGCUUACUAAGAUGUUGACUAGAAAAGAGUUGCUGGUGAAAUACAUUUUGUUCAUCAUCUUUAUCAGCAUUUUGGAUUUGACAACAAACUAACUUUUUGGGUAUGUUCCUUUUAAACUGUACUCUUGUUUGAAUGUGAAAGUUUUGUUCCUAAAGUUUAAGAAGUUUGAAAGUUCAGCUUAUGUAUUUGAACUAAUAAUAAAUCAAUCUUUAUAUUAACUUUUUUUCUAAAAUAUAAAACCUUUCUA